AUGAGGCUCUGGAGGAGGAGCUGCUCCAAGGUCCUCUGUGCUGUCACUCUAGUAGCAGCCAACAUUUUGCUGGUGGCGUUUUACACCAAGGGGACCAUAAAGAGUUUGGUUGAGGGCAGCCUCCACAAGGAGGGGGCGGCUGUGGCCCAGAGACCCUUGCCCCUGAAGAAGGAUGUGCAUCCCUCAAGAAAAAGUCUGAAAUUGACCAUGAAGCAACAAAGCCAUGCGGGACAGGGAAAUGCUGAAGUCCACCCUGGUUGGAAAGGAGUGAAAGCCAGGUUGGCACCCAAGAAAUUCUUCCUGCGAUGGGGGAAGGGACUCUCCCAGGCUCGUCAGAAAGAGGCUCAUUACUUGUUCCUGAAAUUCGGUUACAACACGUUCCUCAGCAACCAGUUGCCUUUUAACAGAAGCAUCCCUGACACCCGCCACGCCAGGUGUCUUCAGAAGACAUAUCCUGUUCAGCUCCCAUCCCUCAGUGUCAUCCUCAUUUUCAUGAAUGAAGCUCUGUCUGUCAUCCAGAGAGCUAUCACCAGCAUCAUCAACCAGACCCCUCCUCGGCUGCUGAAGGAGAUCAUCCUGGUAGAUGACUUUAGCUCCCACGGAGAACUGAAGGAAAGAUUGGAUGAGGCGAUUGUGCUUUACAACCAGAGCUAUCCAGUCCUACUGAAACUUAUAAGGCACACAAAGAGAAGAGGUCUUGCUCAAGCAUGCAACACUGGCCUGGAAGCUGCUACAGCUGAUGUGGUUGCCAUCUUGGAUGCUCACAUUGAGGUGAACGUUGGAUGGGCUGAGCCCAUUUUGUCUCGGAUUCAGGAAGACCACACUGUGGUCGUGUCUCCUGUGUUUGACAACAUUAAUUUCAAUACAUUCGAACUGGAAAAGCAGGAACUGGCAGUGGAUGGGUUUGACUGGAAGCUGUGGUGCCGGCAUGAUCGUAUACCACGAGCCUGGCUUCAGCUGGAUGACGUCACUGCUCCAAUGACAAGUCCUUCCAUCAUGGGUAUCCUGGCCGCCAACAGGAUUUUCUUGACAGAGAUCGGAGCUCUGGAUGGUGGGAUGCUGGUCUAUGGAGGAGAGAAUGUGGAGCUGAGCCUAAGGGUGUGGCAGUGUGGAGGGAAGAUUGAGGUCUUACCCUGCUCCCGGAUCGCUCACCUAGGGAGAUACUACAAACCCUACGCCAUGGACCUAGAUAUUCCCUUGCGGCGGAACGCUCUACGAGUGGCGGAAACCUGGAUGGACAAACACAAAUACAUGGUCUACUUGGCCUGGAACAUUCCUCUCAAGAAUUCUGGAAUUGACUAUGGAGAUAUUUCUUCCAGAAGGGCACUCCAGAAGAAACUGAAAUGCAAAUCCUUUGACUGGUACCUGAAAAAUAUCUACCCACUCCUGAAGCCACUCCCCAACAUCGUCUGCUAUGGAAGAAUGAAAAAUUCACUGGAUGAAAGUGUUUGCCUGGACCGAGGACCUGUUUCAGGCAAUUCUCCCAAAAUGAAACCUUGCCGUGAGCUCAGUGAACAGAAUGUGUACUACCUCCUUUCUGGAGAAUUCUACGUGGGGGAACUAAUUGCAAAAGAAGACAUCAAUGAGCAAUACUGCCUGACGGACUCUGGCCGUGGGGAAAAACCCACAUUAGAGCUGUGUUCUGAGGCAUCGAAAAGAGGAGAACACAUCUAUUGGGACUUUCAGCAGGGAAAAUCCAUCAAAAACAGGGAUACUGCACGGUGUCUGGAGAUCAAGAGAGACCCCUCACGUACCUACAGGCUUGUGUUAGAGAACUGUACCCAACAAACAUGGAAAAUACAGCAUAUAGGCAGAAACUGGGACCACUCGUAG